AUGAUAUCAAGUUAAUCAUUACAAUACCGCUUUGGAUCUGAACCUAUAAAUGGUAUUAUCAAGAGUUUAAAUUUACCUAUCUAAAUUCAAUUUGUAGAAGAAAUUUGCAUCUUCGAAUAAUUAAUCAAAUUAGUUUAGAUUUCAGAAAAACUUGAAAAUUUUAGCAAAUAUUUUACGAAUUCAUUUACUUUAUUAGAAUCGCUCAAACCAUUUUAUUAAACCAUAUAAAAGUCUUUAAAUUAAGGAAUUGAUGUGAAAAACGAUGUUUUGGAACAUUGUAUAAAUAUGCAGAAUUUAAUUAUCAAAAAUCAAUUAAAAUAUUUAGAAAAUGAGAAAUUAUUGUCUGUUUCAGACAUGCUAUUAGUAGAAUUAUUAGAAGUUGUUAAUAAUAUGUAUCCAAAUUUACUUUAUAAUAAUUUUUAAAUAUUAUAUCAAUAUUUAGCAAAAGUUUUAUCAAACAACUUUUUGUAAAACUACUAUUUUAAUGUUGAAUUCAUGAUGAAGGAUUUCUCACCAAAAAUUAAGAAUGCUCAAAAUAUUUUGAAAGGGAUUAUUGAGUGUAAUUUACCAACUUUUCAUGAUUUUGCUUAAUGUUAAGGAAUAUUGUAUAGAUAUAAGGAGGAUGGAUAAUAGUUUCCAGAUAAUUGUCCAGUUAGUUUAUUUCCUUUAUAUGUAUAAUAAUAAAUAAUAUAAUAAAUAGAUAAAUUAUGAUAUUAUUGAUGAUUUAAAAAAGAAAACUAUUUUAUAGUAAAAAGUAGUUGCUAAAAUGGGUAUGGAUUUCGAAUGGUACACUAGUAUUUUGGGAAGAUUAGCUAAACAUGAUGAAUUUAUUAGAAGAAUGAUAUAAAUAUAGGCUAAAGUUGAAAAAUCAGAAACAAAAUGUCCCUAUACAAUUUGUAUUGUUCGAAAUGAUUUUUUACACAAUGCUUCUUAAAAUUAAUGGAUGCAAGUAGAAUAUAAUUGUAUAGCCAUAAGUUUUGGAUUCAUUUCUGAUAGAGUUUAGAAAUAUCAUUCUCUAUUAUUUGAUUCUUAUUAUAAAUAAAUAAAAGAGAAUUAUAAAAUAAAAGUGAAAUAAGAUUUAAAUCAUGACAUAAUGGUAGAUGCAUUACAUAAAGCUUAUCAAUUAUAUAAUAAUAAAAAUGCAAUUGUUUUAAUAAUAACAGCAGAAUUUGAAGGGAAUGUUUAUGAUCAGAGAUACAUAGAAAAGGGAUUAGCAAAAUUAGGAAUUUUAAGCAAAAGGACUACUUUUAUUAAAUUAAUUGGUAAUAUCAUUUCAGAGAAUGGAAUUCUAAAAGCAUUUGGAUAAGAAAUAGCAUUAGUUUAUUUUAGAACAGGUUAUACUUUUGAUUAAUAUGAAAAUGAAGUAUGAAAACGUUAUAAUAAAUUUUAGGAAUGUUGGAAUAUCAGAGAAAUGAUUGAAUUAAGUAAAGCUCUUAAAUGUCCAAGUUUGAAUACAUAAUUAGUAAAUUUUAAGAAACUUUAAUAAAUUUUAUUGGAUGAAACUUAAAUUUAGAAGUUUAUAACAAAAGAUGAAUCUCAAUUAAUAAGUGAGAACUUUUGUAAAAUAUGGGGUUUUGAUCAUGAGGAUUAACACGAUAAGGUAAUUUAAUAGGUUUAAUAAUUUAGUUAAUAGAAAUGAUUAAAUAGAAUCCUUAUGAUUAUGUACUAAAACCAUAAAGAGAAGGCGGAGGAAAUAAUUAUUAUGAUGAUUAAAUUAUACCUGAAUUAUUAAAAUUAAGUCCUGAAUAAAGAACAGAGUUUAUUGUUAUGGAAAGAAUCAAACCUAUUCCACGUAUUGGAUUUAUGAUGAGAAGAGGAUAAUUAGAUAUUUAAGCUGUAAUAAGUGAAAUAAGUGUUAUUGGAUAUUUUAUAAAUGAAGGAGAAAAUAUAUUAGUGAAUGAAGUUGGAGGAUAUUUAGUUAGGACAAAGAGAUAUUUAGAUAAUGAAGGAGGAGUAGCUGCAGGUUAUGCAGUUGUUGAUUCAUUUAUGAUAUCAGAUAAUUGA